GAGGGAGAAGCUCCCCACAAUCUCUUGGAUGCUGUCCGGUGUUUAAAAGUGGAUUUAUGUGGGACUCGCUUCAGAAUUACGACAGAGAACCGAAAAAUAAAACCAGGUCCCUGGUUGCUGUAUUAUAAGUGCAGUUCUGUGGAAUUAUAGGGAUUUUUUCCGUGGGAUAUUCUAUUUGAAGUAAUUUGUUGUUGUUAUCUUUCUUUUCUUUUCUCCCUCCCCACUCCGAUUACGCACGGGAACACUGAUGUGAGCAAAUGGUUUGCCAUUUAUACAGAAGUCCAAGCAAAUUAAGAAACGCUUGUCCCAUAACAAUCACAGUUGACAGUCUGUUGCUUACCCGAUGGUGGUAUCUGAGAACCUCGCGCGGAGAUCCCCAUAUUAAACUCAUUUAAAGCCUCGCGCACUGUGGAUCAGUAUGAGGCGCGCGGUUCACUGUUGAUCUUGGCACUGACAAAUGCAUUGUCACGCGUAGGAGUCCAGAACCUCUCUCCAUCUCUCUCGUUUUUUUGGCACACCCCCUCCUCCUCCCAGCAUCCCUAAUAAGACACAUGCUUCUAGGCUGGGUUGCUCACUCACAUUAGGAUCUCCUGGCCGAGACUGCUGUAGGCUUCUUUCUCCUCUCAGUUUUGCCCGGCUUCAUGGGUUGAAGGGCAGAUUGCAUUGUCCACAAGAUCACAUCUAUCCCCACUUCUGAGUGUUGCACCCAACCUUCAACAUCUCCAUCAUCUUGAGUGCUAUGGUUUGUCCUCCAAGCAUGUUUGGACUUGCAGUAGCAGACGCCUCCAGCGAAGGGGGCUGUAACCGGCUGUAGUUGGCUUUUUCAGCGCAUCUGGAUUGAGAGUGGCAACACCAGCAGUCCACCUGCCACAGCGUGAAAGGGGCCCCCUCAGCUGUGAUCUGUCUGCCUGCAAGGGGGUCCCAGCGACAGGGACUAUGCAUUUGGGACUGGUGGCGCUGGCAGUGGUCUUCAUCAGCUUCCUCACCAUGGGUCACGCCGAUAACCUCAAGGUCUCCAAAGGACGAAGACAGAGACGGAUUAGCACUGAAGUACCACCAUCAUGCUCGAAUGGCUGUGAAAUCUGCUCGGAGUACAACGGCUGUCUUAAAUGUCGGCCCAGGCUUUUCAUCCUACUGGAGCGGAAUGACAUCCGUCAGAUAGGCAUUUGCCUUACUGCCUGUCCUGUUGGAUAUUAUGGCAUUCGAAAUCGGGAUAUGAACAAAUGCACACAAUGCAAAAUAGAAAACUGUGAGGCGUGUUUUAGCCGAAAUUUUUGCACAAAAUGUAAGGAGGGCUUGUACUCACACAGAGGGCGGUGUUACUCCAGCUGUCCAGAAGGAUUCAGCACCGUCAAUGACACUAUGGAGUGUGCAGUUCAAUGUGAUCUAAGUGAAUGGAGUUCAUGGGGUCCCUGUAUGAAGAAGAACAAAACAUGUGGCUUUAAAAAGGGUAACCAGACCCGUACCAGGGAGCCUGUUCAGCUUCCAAGUCCUGCCAUUUCCACUGGGACUGCUCCUCCCUCGGGCUGUGUCCCAGAGAAACAGACCCAAAGAUGUACCGUGAAAAAAAAGAUCCCUUGCAAAGGAGAAAAUAAGAAGAACUCACGAAAUCGUGCAGAUAAAAAUGGCAAGAACCGUGGCCGGGACUCCAAGGAGGGUGGCAGAGGGGGAAAUAAGAGAAGAAAGAACCCACAAAAAGAACCCACCACUGCCCCCACCUUAACGACAAGCACGGUGACCUAACCCUAUAAUGGUGUCAGGCGGGCCGAAGAAUGGAGAACAUCUGGUAAUCCCACAUGGGCUGCAGAAAUACAGCAUUUGAUUGUGACAAUAUCGUGAUGAGGAAAAAAGAGGAAUAACGCUGCUACACAUAAUUGCCUGAUGAGAACGGGAGGAUUGCUGUAAUAAUUAUUGAAUUGUGUUAACUAGGUAAAGCUUAUGAGAACCAAGGAGCCGGGUUGGUUAUUCUUAUGCUAUUGGAAGCACACAGAGAGACUCUGUGUGUGCAAGGAUGUCUUUUCAUAAGCCUUCUCACAGGAAACAGCAUUGUUUGUGGUUGCUGAAAUGUUCCAUAUGUUCCUUUUUAGACCUAUCAAAAUGCCUUGGACUCUUUCCGAGCUAUAGACGACACUGCAAAUGAGUCCCACCAUCCUUACAUGGCUUUAAGAAAUCUAAAAUAUAUAAGAAUCCCAUAUAGUUCACGUAAUCCAACUGUAAUCACAUUAUUUCUUCCAAAGUUGGUGGCUCCACUUAAGUUCGGGACAGGUAGCAUUUUCUAAAACAGACUUGGAGUGAAAAGUAUUAUAAUGCUCUGUUUUUUAUAUAUAUUUUCCCCUGUUGUUUAUAACAAAAGAAAGGCACUGGAACAGAAAUUGUGGUUUACAGAGAGAAUGUGGAGAAAGAUUAACUUUUUCUAUGAUUUUUUUUUGGAGAAAACAAUCCAAAGCAUCACCAAAAAGUGAUUAGAGACAAACAGGACUGGUAGACCAGUUUUAAUUGUGUUCACAGUCAUUGUACAUUACAAGAAAUGUCUUUUUUGAUUAGGGGAAAAUAAAUACAGUAUUUUCUGCAUAAAAAGGUAGCAGAAAUAUGAGGAAUGUUCAACAAUUAUGUAUGUGUAUGAGAGAUUGUGUGCAUGUCUGAUGUAUGUCAAAUUGUAUGUUCAUGAAUCUGUGUCCUCUAUGUUUUAAGAUGUGGAAAGACAGAGGCAAAAAAAUGGUCUACUUGCAAAUGCUUCCAUAUACAGUAUGUAGCCAUGAAUGUAAGUGAGAUUGUCAACAGAAGUCUACUAUACACUUCUUUGUGACCUAGCCAUUGAAAAAAACUGCACCAGCAUAAUGCUUUUAAAAAGCUGCAGUCACCACAAGCCUCCAAAUAUAAGAUUCAUCCAUAUAGGCUAUUCAUUGUUCAUUUAUCAUGUUUGCAAAAGGGUUGAUAUAGCACAUAAUUCAUAAUGCAACACACACUACAGUUUUAUCAAAGGAAUAAUACAUUUAUCAUACACUUAUUUAAAUGUAACAACCAGUGACACUUUUUGUAGCUUUUGUAGUCUGUUUGCUUUGCACAGCAUAUUGAGCUAAUCAGUGGCUAUAACAUAUACACCCCUAAUGAGAAAUAUGACACUGAAUAUGUCAGCCUCCGUUUAUCUUGAUGUAGCAUAUGUAUUGUAAUUAUAUAUCUAUUUCUAUGAAUGUUUUGCAUACAAAUAAAAGGAAAGGUACAAUUGAAUAAACAUUUAA